CAGUAGUCCAUUUCAGAUGUGAGUGCUGUCCGUGGUCACUACCCUCCAAUUCAUUCACUGGAAGUCAAGCAAAGAGAACAAACUUCACUGUAAACUAACCAGAUAAGCUGCCGGGCCAUCACGUUCAUCAUGUGUUCUCUCAAAAUCAAUCUCUGCUGAGUGUUGUGCUGCAGCCAGAGAUGAACUCGGAUCACUGAUCAUGGCGGUAGUAGCUUCAAGAGGGGAGGUCAGCAGAUGGCUUUCAAAGUACGCCACCAUCUUCCUCUGUCUGGCUGUGUUUGUUUUAAUCUUUGUUCUAUGUAACAUGGACAUCCUUGAGCAUAAAAUGAACUCUACCGCCACUGUCCCGAGAGUAAACACUAACCCUGACAAGCAUCAUGGCUUCUGCACCUUCCAGCCACUGUCCUCUACGGACGCUCUGGAGGAACGCCUUCUACUAGACUCCAUUGCUUGGCCUGAAACUCCACUUUUGCCUGCUCCUCUUCCUCUGGAGCAGACCAGUAAUCCUGCCAACAGCACCUUCACCAUUCUCCCACCCGGGAAGGAGGGAGGACAGUGGCAGAUAGGGGAUCAGCUGAAGGUUAUGAUCAACAUGUGUGAUUUCCAGGGUCGUCCCAAGAAGUCUGGGGGAGAUGUCUUACUUGCCCGGCUGCACAACCCAAUGCUCGGCGCAGGUGUGGUUGGGCAAGUGGUGGAUCAUCUCAAUGGCAGUUACUCUGCUGUGUUCUCUUUACUCUGGGAAGGAAGCACACAGGUUGAGGUGACGCUGGUUCACCCUAGUGAGGCUGUCACAGUGCUGCGCAGGCUGACCAACGAACAGCCAGACAGGAUUUACUUCCAGAGCCUCUUCCGCUCAGGCUCACUCUCACAAACUACCACCUGUAACGUCUGCCUACGUCCAACCCAGCAGCCACUGUGUAACUACACUGACCUCUAUACAGGCGAUCCUUGGUUCUGCUACAAGCCAAAGAACCUGAGCUGUAAUGCAAGGAUCAGCCACUCCAGGGCAGAAUUCAAACAAAACCUCAAGGAGAAGGAGGAGAAGCUCUUUCAAAGUGGGGUCAACAUGAAAGUCUCCAUUCGGGCUUCAGGACCUGCCAAUGUCAAAGUGUUGCCAAAAAACAAAGGUCAACCAAAGCUGAAUGUGAAGUCUGGACUCUCUGGCUAUUACUAUCAGGGCAUGUGGCGAUCACUAGGUGGCACCACAGUUCACCAAUUCAACACCUCUGCCAUCAGUCAGUGUCUGAAAGGCAAGGUGGUCCACCUGUAUGGAGACUCCACCAUCAGGCAGUGGUUUGAACACCUCAAAGAAACACUGCCAGAUCUUGAGGAGUUUAACCUUCACAGCCAGAAGCAAGUUGGACCUUUCAUGGCCUUGGACUUCGCAAACAACAUCUUGGUGACUUAUCGCUGCCACGGUCCUCCCAUCCGUUUUGUUGAUGUCCCAACCAGUCAGUUGCGUUACAUUGCCAAUGAACUAGAUGGCUUAAUUGGAGGCACCAACACUGUUGUAGUUCUUGGCAUCUGGUCUCACUUCAGCACUUUCCCCAUUGAGGUCUACAUCCGGCGACUGCAGAGCAUCCGCAGGGCGGUGGUGCGGCUGCUGAACAGGGCUCCAGACACGCUAGUCGUCAUCCGAACUGCAAACCUCAAAGCUUUGACGCUUUAUGAGACACUAACCAACAGCGACUGGUACUCGCUGCAGCGUGACAAGGUGCUCAGAGCUGUGUUCAAAGGUCUGAAUGUUCGUCUGGUGGACGCCUGGGAGAUGACCCUGGCCCACUACCUGCCACACAGCCUCCACCCACAACCACCCAUCAUUAAGAAUAUGAUUGAUGUUCUCUUGUCCUAUAUAUGCCCUCGAAAUGGUGGCUAGGCGUGUGUUUGUUGGGGAGGGGACUGGGGAUUCAAGUACACAUGCUGGGAGAUGCAGGAAAUCACUUACUGUAGAAGCUUAAGUAGAAGCAGAUGAAGGUAAUAUUGCCAUGAAAAGCCCAGUCCAUAAUACACCUGUCCAUGAAAAUGCUCUUGGUUCUUGUAUACAAUAAACUGGAAUUUGAAGACACUUGUCCAGCAGCUAACAGUCUACCUCUAAGAGUUAAUCUGUGCUCUGCUAGUUGACUCCAAGGUAUAAUGAGGUCACUGUAGUUCACCAUAGUUUAUUUUAGGCAUAUUUAGACCUUGUUGUCAGGGUACUUAAACCCUGUGCGACAGAUACCUUCAUGGGAAUGUAAAUUUGUGGAUCUGACAACCUACGGACUCAUCCUGUCACUAUAGAAUCAACUUCUGGUGUGAUUUAGACUUCUGUAAUUUGACAUUAGUAAACGUUAAGCUGUUAACACCUUAAACUUGAAUAAGUCAAUUGAAACAUCGACUGUUUACUGCGCAAACAUAUUUACUUUAAAGGAAUAGUUUGUCUCUUUCUGGAGAAUUAGAUGACUACAUUGAUACCACACUAAGUUUUGUACAGAUCAGAUAUGGCAUGUUACUGAGCUUUGGUGAAUUAAUUUUGUUACCUUUGAACAAAGCCAGGUGAGCUGGUUCCCCUGUUUCCAGUCUUUAUGCUAAGCUAAGCUAACUGGCUGCUGGCUUAAGCUGUAAACAAAAUAGUUCAGUACAAGUCAAUAACUCAUUAAAACACAAUCAGAAAUUAUAGAGUCAGUAUAGUAAGUAUAGAUAGUUGCAGGAAAAUGACAAUGUCCCACAAUCCACUAGGCACUGUGCAGAUGUUUAACAGCUUUAAGGUGAUCCUUGGCAGCUCAAAGUUGGACAAUAUUAUGUGACUUAUAGGAUAUUUGGUGGUUACCGGUAAAUACUUUACUUGAACUAGGGCCAUGGAGGGCUACUGCAGGAUAUAAAUAUUGGAUGCCAAACAUAAGUCCACUGUCUGUGCUUAUUUGCAGCUUGUAUAUGUUAUUUACAGGAUAUGAUUGAGUUAUAUGGAUGUAUUUACAUUGAGCUGAGUAGAUUUUUUUCCCUUGGAUGUGUGAGCAUUACUAGGGCCCAUUCUUUCUUACAGUAAAUUUAACAAAAUCAUGUAAAUCUGUCUCAAAAGGGAUGGUUUAUACAGCAGAUACUGUUGUUAUCCUGCAGAGUUUCUUCUAUUCUGUAGUCCAUCAGUGGACCAUAAAGGAUUUUUUAAUAACAGCAUUUGAAAUAAUAUCUUCCUUUACCUCAACAGCCAUAUAUUUAAAAAAAAUCUCUCAAGACAUAUGAAUGUGUUUCAUGGCUCCAAAAAACAAAUAUAAAGAAUAUUCUCAUGAUGUAAUAAUAUAUUUGCAUGAUGUCAACUUUGAGAUCCAACACUGUUAAAUUACACGUCAUUUAAACAAGAUACUUUUGUUAACAGAAUUAUAAAUAUUGUAUGAAAUGUUAACUGGCUUCUGCGUUUGGUUGUGGGUUGAUGAAAUUUCUUUCCAAGUUGUUUCACUUUUCUAUAUUUUUUAUUUAAUAUAUACUGUACCAAACCUAUGGAAUAUAUGUAAAAACCAACUGGCAUGAACACAUGGGGAGAUGUUUGAAGAUGAACUCACUGUUAAACAGCAAUUAAAAACAUUGGCAACGAAACACAAAACAAGGGUUCUGCAGACAAAAUCCUUUAAUGAAUAUGUAUUUUAUAAUCAGGUGUUUCAUAAUCAAAUAAAUGCACUUUAUGAAUUGUUA